CUGUCGCGUGGGAGGUGGCAACUGCCCAGGCUCCCCAACUGCGCGGGCCACCACCAAGGACCCAGGUCCGAGGCGGGAAGCGCGCAUAGCCGCCUUCCCCCAGGACCUGCCCUCUCCGCGAGCCCGGCCCGCGGGGAGGGCGGGCGCCAGGACCACAACGCUCCCAGCAGCGUGCGGCGCCGGCCAAUGGGGCCGCAGAGCGGAGCUCGGGCAGGCGCGGGGAGGGCGGGGUGCGGCGCCUGCCCGGAGGCCGAGCCCUCUCAGCCCCACCCCGCAGCACCCCUCCUGGGGCACAGCCCCAGCCCCCCGUGACCCGUGCCUGUCGGGGACCCUCCACGUGACUCGGUGUUGCAGAACAGCUGUGACCUUCAGCGUGUCUGUGAGGGUCCCAGCGCCAGGGCGGGUUUGCGCUCGGCCCUGCCCGUCGGUGCGGGGGUGUGGGCAUGUGUGGGUGUGUUAGGGAGGGUGCCCAGCGACAUGUGACAGAGCCCGGACUGGGGGAGAUGGUGGAAGAGCCCGCGAGCUGGCGCUUUGUGUGGCAGGCUGCAGAGUGAGGCUCGCGCGGCGCGGUGCAGGAUGCCGGGGCGCCAGGGCGGCCCGGGGCGCGCGCGCCAGUGCUCGGGUGAGCGCGCUGCGGCAGCGCCGGGGGGCAGCGUGGCGAGCCCGCGCCGGCCCGGGCCUCGGGUGUGACUGGGCGCCAUCCGUGGGCGCUGCAGCGGCCGCGUGUCCCCGUGACCUCGGCAGCCGGCUCGGGCCGGGUGGAUCCCCGCGCGCCCCUCCCCGUUCGCUCUCCACGUGCGUGGCCACGGCGCGCGUGCCCGCCAGCGCGCGCCCGCUCGCCUGUCGCCGCCGCCGCGAACCGCGCCGGGAAAAAGGAGCCGGGAACCGAGGGAACCGGGGCCGCGGGCCCGAGCGCCAUGGGCCGGAAGGCGCACGAGGAGGGACCGGACAGCCCUGGGCCUCGCCCCCGCGGGAGAACGGCCUGGAGUCGGCGGGGGCCGGCCGGGCCCGCGGGGAGGCCGGCCCGCGCCCCGUGAGCGACCGACACCAGGUGAGGAGGCCGCGGGGCGCUGCGCGGGAGCGAGAGUGGGCCGCGGAGGACCCAGGACCAUGCAGGGGGAUACAGCAGGCGCCUUGCUCAGCGGGGGAGGGGAUGACGGUUCCAGGGGACACCGAGAAAGGAAGUUCCGGGACCCUCCCUGCUCUCGGCCCACCUCCGCUUCCUGCCUGACGCCUCACCUUAUCCCCUGCACCUGACGACCCCCUAACUGGUUGGGAAAUGUGACCUUUACCCGUAGGGGGCUGGCUAUGCAGGCCCCGGCUCUCCCUCAUCCCUGUGGCCCCCUUGGGCCCCUGGGCCAACUCCUUCCCAGGCCCAGCUGGCCCCUGGGGCUGCUGUGCCUUGGGCACCAGUCGGGGCACCUGCCCAGCCCCACCUGUGCCUGGGCCGUGGCCCUUCCCCACAGGGCGCUCACCAUGGCCCCGCCGCUCCUGCUGCUGCUGCUGGCCAGUGGAGCGGCCGCCUGCCCGCUGCCCUGCGUGUGCCAGAACCUGUCCGAGUCGCUCAGCACUCUCUGUGCCCACCGGGGCCUGCUCUUCGUGCCGCCCAACGUGGACCGGCGCACGGUGGAGCUGCGGCUGGCUGACAACUUCAUCCAGGCCCUGGGGCCUCCUGACUUCCGCAACAUGACGGGUCUGGUGGACCUGACGCUGUCCCGCAACGCCAUCACCCGCAUCAGCGCCCGCGCCUUCGGGGACCUGGAGAGUCUGCGCUCCCUGCACCUGGAUGGCAACAGGCUGGCCGAGCUGGGCAGCGGCAGCCUCCGUGGCCCCAUCAACCUGCAGCACCUCAUCCUCAGCGGCAACCAGCUGGGCCGCAUCGCGCCUGGCGCCUUUGACGACUUCCUAGACAGCCUCGAGGACCUGGACCUGUCUUACAACAACCUCCGGCAGGUGCCCUGGGCCGGCAUCGGCGCCAUGCCCGCCCUGCACACCCUCAACCUGGACCACAACCUCAUCGACGCGCUGCCACCCGGCGCCUUUGCCCAGCUAGGUCAGCUCUCCCGCCUGGACCUCACCUCCAACCGCCUCACCACGCUGGCGCCCGACCCACUCUUCUCCCGCGGCCGCGAGGCCGAGGCCUCGCCCGCGCCCCUGGUGCUCAGCUUCAGCGGGAACCCCCUGCACUGCAACUGUGAACUGUUGUGGCUGCGGCGGCUGGCCCGGCCCGACGACCUGGAGACAUGCGCCUCACCGCCCGGCCUAGCUGGCCGCUACUUCUGGGCUGUGCCUGAAGCUGAGUUCUCGUGUGAGCCACCCCUCAUCGCCCGCCAUACACAGCGCCUCUGGGUGCUGGAGGGCCAGCGGGCCAUGCUGCGCUGCCGGGCCCUGGGUGACCCCGCACCCACCAUGCACUGGGUGGGCCCCGAUGACCGGCUAGUUGGCAACUCCUCCCGGGCCUGGGCCUUUCCCAAUGGGACCCUGGAGAUUGGGGUGACGGGGGCCGGAGACGCAGGGGGCUAUACCUGCAUUGCUACCAACCCUGCUGGCGAGGCCACAGCCCGAGUCGAGCUCCGUGUGCUGGCCUUGCCCCACGGCGGGAAUGCCAGUGCUGAGGGGGCCCGCCCCGGACCCUCGGACAUUGCAGCCUCCGCCCGCACCGCGGCCGAGGGUGAGGGGACUCUGGAGUCCGAGCCAGCUGUGCAGGUGACAGAGGUGACUGCCACCUCCGGGCUGGUGAGCUGGGGGCCAGGGAGGCCAGCCGAGCCCGUGUGGAUGUUCCAGAUCCAGUACAACAGCAGCGAGGACGAGACGCUCAUCUACCGGAUCAUCCCAGCCUCCAGCCACCACUUCCUGCUGAAGCACCUGGUCCCUGGAGCUGACUAUGACCUCUGCCUGCUGGCCCUGUCGCCUGCUGCUGGGCCCUCUGACCUCACGGCCACCAGGCUCCUGGGCUGUGCCCACUUCUCCACCCUGCCUGCCACGCCCCUGUGCCACGCCCUGCAGGCCCACGUUCUGGGCGGGACCUUGACUGUGGCUGUGGGCGGUGUGCUGGUGGCUGCCUUACUGGUCUUCACCGUGGCCUUGCUGGUUCGGGGUCGGGGGGCUGGGAACGGCCGCCUCCCCCUGAAGCUCAGCCACGUGCAGUCCCAGACCAACGGAGGCCCCAGCCCCACCCCUAAGGCCCACCCACCACGGAGCCCCCCGCCGCGCCCCCAGCGCAGCUGCUCCUUGGACUUGGGAGAUGCUGGCGGCUGCUACGGCUAUGCCCGGCGCCUCGGGGGGGCCUGGGCCCGCAGGAGCCACUCGGUGCAUGGGGGGCUGCUUGGGGCGGGGUGCCGGGGGGUGGGGGGCAGCACAGAGCGGCUGGAGGAGAGUGUGGUAUGAGAACGCUCCGAGGUGUGAGCAGUGUGGGCCGGAAGGCCUGUCGGCGGCUGCCCACCUUGGGGGUGCACCCCGGUUUUUAUCCUCGGUACCUCAGGCUCCUCUGUGCACUUGGCGGGACAGGGGACCCUUGCACUGCUCUGGCCUCCCAACUGAGCUGAGGGCCAAGUCCCUCCGACAGGUGCUCACGGCCACCAAGGCAGGGCUUCAGCCACCAAGUGGGCGUCUUGUUUCUAUUUAUAAUAAAAUCAUUGGGGACACCU